AUGAGUUUCUCACAGCCUACACUGUCUUUCAAAGUCGGUCUCACUGCGGAGGAGAAGAAACUCUACUCCCAAUUCUUCAAGUCGCUCGAUACAGAGAACACUGGGAUCGUGAGUGGGGAAAAGGCCAGAUCUUUUGAAAAGUUUGGUUUACCUCCUGCAAUUCUAGGUGAAAUUUGGCAAAUUGCUGACUCCAAUAACUUGGGGUUCUUGACUCAAUUCGGCUUUUGUCUUGCUAUGAGACUAAUUGGGCAAGCUCAAACUGGUAAAUAUCCAACAUUGGCGUUGGCUGAAAAGCCAGGUCCUUUACCAAAGUUUAACAAUUUCUCAUUUGCAUCGCCAACAGCUACUCCAACCCAAUUGAACCCACAACCCUCCAAUAACUCAUCCUUCAUGCAAACUCAACCCUCUGCUAUUAUCCCUCAGAACACAGCAACAUUCAACUCUCUGCCUCAAGAUUCAAUUACAAACGUUACGCUCGCAGACUACCAAAAGUUUGGGCAAUUGUUCGUGAAGACAGUUGGAUCCACGCAAGGUGAAUUAGGUGGCGCAAAGGCUAAAGAUAUCUUCUUGAAGGCAAGACUUCCAACAAAUACUUUGGGGCAGAUUUGGAAUCUUGUUGAUAAAGACAAUUUAGGAAAAUUGAACAUUUACGCCUUCGUGAUUGCAAUGCAUUUGAUUCAUGGUGUCUUGAGUGGGGUUAUUAAACAGUUACCACCUUUCUUGCCUGAAAGUGUAUGGGCUUCUGUGGAAUCGUUCCUGUCUGGUUCAGCACCACAACAACAACAUCAGCAGCAGCAAAAGCCAGUUGCCAACACUUUGGAACCUCCACAACCUUCUUCUCGUCAACCUUCUUACUCCUCUGUGAGUUCCCAGCAAACGACAGUGAGACAUCCUCAGCAGAGUCCAUCUCGUGAACCAUCAGUGUCUAACGCUUGGGUGAUAUCACCUACCCUCAAGCAACAAUACGAAGCCAUAUUCGAUAACUUGGAUAAAUCCAAAUCAGGUCAAUUAAAUUCCGAUCAAGUUGCCUCAGUUUUGAUGUCUUCCAAGUUGAAUCAGGAAGAUUUAGCCACUGUUUGGGAUUUGUCAGAUAUUCAAAAUACUGGUAUAUUCACUAAAUUGGAAUUCAUUAUAGCUUUAUACUUGGUCAACAGGAAAUUGUCAGGGGGCGCUUUACCAAAUAUUGUCCCUGAUUCGUUAAUCGAUUCCAUCAACGGAAUUCAACCACUGAGCCCACAGCAAAUACAACAGGUGCAACAACCUCAACAGCAGCAACAGCAACAGCCUGUGCAGCAGAAAGCAAUUCAACCGGCAAAAACUGCAAUGGAUGACCUCGUAGACAUCUUUGGAUCUGGAAAUGCAUCUCCUAAUGUAAAGACCCCGACUACUUCUAAUUUCAACCUCAACAGUUCGUCACCCUCUUAUAGUGGCGUGGUGCAACGUACCACCUCAAGUAGUGACUUGACUCCACCACCAAGUGCUGGUGACUUUCCAAAAGUGCGUCAAAAUUUGACUGGCUCCUUUAAGCCAACUUCAACUUUUGGUCAAAGCUUGCUUCACAAGCAACCACUUGAGUCGCCACGUGAAGAAAAAGAAGAAGAAAGCUUGCUUGGUGAAGAUCACGCGCCAGCUGCUGCUACUGCUCCUGUUGUUGAAGCUACCCCUGCUCCAAAGCAGCAUACAGUAAACUAUGAUGCUUUACGCUCUGUUCCUCCUCCACCUUCCCAGAAGAGCGUCUCUCAACAGUCGAGACAAUCAGCUGUAUCUCCCGUUCCAAGUCAACAGACGUACUCUAGUGCGCCACAACAACACCAACAACAACAACAAUAUCAGCAAAAAGGCUUUGCUCCAAUAAGUGCUGGAAAUACUGACUUAUUGGCUGACAAUGACCUGGAAGUUUCUGGCCAGUUGUCACAAGCGACUUCAGAUAUUGCUAACGUUUCUAACCAAAUCAAAUCUCUUGCAGGUCAAACAUCAGGUUUGCAAGAAAAGAAAAUUCGGGCUGAACAGGAAUUGGCUAAGAUUUUAAGCACAAAGAAAGAAAUUGAGGCUAAGUUGAAACAAUUAAGAUCUUCCUACGACAAUGAAGUAAAACAAGUCGACCAGGUCGAAGCUAAUCUUGUUACAGCAAGAGAAGAAACAGAAGCAUUAAGAUCAGAAUCCUCAAUAUCCGAAGCUAAGUUUAAUCAUCUUUCAACAGAAUUGAACGAUAAGCAAAUUGCAAUGGAGGAAUUACAGAAGCAAAAUUCUGCAACGAAAGAAAAAUUGGGCUACUUAAAUGCUGAAAUUGUUGAACUAGAGAAACAAAUUACUCAACUGACCGCAGAAAACCAAAGAUUAACUAACCAAGUCAAUGUACAGAAGUCUCAAGUUCAAGUUUCCAUCGUGAAAAACGAAGAAUUAAAAGCCAAAAUAUUGGAAAUUGAAGAAGGCAAUAGAAAGUUGGCUGAAGAGUAUCGUGUUGCUGAGGAAGAACAAAGAAGAGCGGAGGAGGAAGCAAAGCUCUUGCAUCAACGUCAACUUGAAGCUGAAAGGAACAAACCCGUGGCACCUCCUAUAUCCAAAAAAGUUGAGCCAACCCCAGUUCAAUCGGUAAGUAAAGAAGUUGAAUCAGCUUCAACUCAACAAGUUAGUAAGGAAGCUGAAUCAAUUCCUGUUCAACAAAUUAGCAAAGAAGUAGCAGCUGCCCCUGAACAUGCUAGUAGUCAGGAAUUUAGUGUCCCAGGAGCAUUUGUGGAAGACUCUGAUGAAAAAUCUAUUUCACAUGCUCCUCACACAGACAGUACUGUCGCAGGGUCCGCUGUUACAGGGUCCGCUGUUACAGGGGCUGCUGCUUUAGUUGGCGGAGCUGUUGCUGGUACUGUUGCUGUACUUGGAUUUGGUGGGGAAAAUAAAUCUGAAUCUGAACCUGUACCUGAACCUGAACCUGUAGUUGAAAAGAGGGAAGAAGCCGAUGAGCAAACUAGUGUCGCACCUGAAAUUGAGACUAAGAGCAAGUCUAUCGAAACUGAACUGAAGGAGCCAACUUCAACCUAUGAAGAACCUCAAGAUUAUGAAAAGGAAAUCAAUGCUGUUACUACAAAUUAUCACCCUGAAAGUACCACGGCAACAUCUACUUCUUCUACCAAUGGAUAUCAAGAUAAUGAAACUCCUGUCACAUCUCCAAAUAAUUCUGAAUUCCAAUUUCCUCAAGGAACCAAUGCCGGAAUUGUAGGAGGAAUGGUAGGAAUGCCUGGGGUUUUAUUUGGAGUUCAAAGAACCGAUUCUUUGACUUCAAGUGUCCAGAACAAUGCAGCAUUGUCAGUCAGAGAUGAUAAUAUUGAAGGAAUCAGUGAUCGUGAAACACUUGAAGAAGGAGAACAGGGAGAAUUACAAGCUCCUUCAUCAAAUUCAACUAGUAGAGCCAUCAACAAAGAAGUAGCAGAGGAGGUGGAUAUUAAUCCUCCAGCACAGCGUAAUAAUGAAGACACAAGUGAUGGUGAUAAAAUUUCAUCAGGUGUUGAGUCAUUUGAAAUGGUCAAUGCUGAUGAACUUAAUGGAAGCCAUGAGCUCCCACUGUAUGCUCAAACUGUUUCAAGUGUCCCUCCACCACUCCCACCACAUGGCUCGAAGCUUUCCAAUUCUCCAAUUGUAAACGACUCUCCAACUGAGAUAGACCAGGAAUUUCCACCAAUAAAGGAAUUGGAUUACGAUGAAAGUAGCAGUUCAGACGAAUCUCGUGAUAACUUCGAUGAUGCAGUCGACCAAUUACCAUCGACUCGUGAUGUGUCGAAAGAAGUUAAGACAGCUGAGCAACAUCCAGAUCCUACAAUCAACUUUGAUAGUGCUUUUGAAGACUUGGAACCUGCAUCCCCAGAGAGACUUGAUAUCAAUCCUCAAUCGGACAUUCCAACUAACGCGGAUGAUUUCUUUGGUAAUGAGUUUGAUGGAUUACAGGAAGCGGCACCUGAAGAUUACGAUGAAUUUGCCAUGGAUAAUACUUUUGAUUUCAACGAGAAGUUUGUGUCUAACGACCAAGAUGAAUCUGAUUUCCCAGACUUUGGAGUUCCUGAAACUACAUCUGCACCGGUAACCAGUGGAAACGCUACUGGUGCUGGCACAGACGAAUGGGAGCAACUCUUCGCUGGUUUUGGAAACGCUGGAUUGCAGAAUGCUGUUCCAGAAACCAAUCCAGUGGCUGUGCAUCAUACAUCCUCAACGAUUACACCCAAUUUUGGUAACCCAGGAAGUGGCUCUGCUGCAAAUGUUGUCGAUCAAGGACUUGUGGAAGAAUUGAAGGGUAUGGGAUUCGAUGAAAAAACAGCCCUAGAGGCUUUAGAGAAAGAGGGAUGGGAUUUGCAAGCGGCCACAAAUUUCCUCUUAGACCACGCCUAA